AUGGAAAGAGUUUCUGAGCUUAAGAAACUUCCUAGUAAAGGUCCUGUCUCAAGAAGACAAUACUUAGACUUGGAAACUAGAGAUACUUCCAAUGGUGUGCAUUUAGAGUCUUUAAGAGAACGAGCUGCGAGAUACAACAACAAUGGAAGAUCAGUGAAUCCAACUACGACUUUAGGGAGAGAGCUAAGCCAAGUUCUGAAUGUGCAUAGAGAAGAGAUGUUGAUGAAUGAAUUUCAGGAGUUUGAGCCUGUGGUUUCGUCUGUUCGAACGAUGAAAUCAAAGUAUCCUUUACUAGAGAUUGAAGAAACCAUGGCUGGUGAUUACGAUGUUACUUUUAAUGAUAUCUCUGAAGAAGCUGGUUCUAGCUCAUUCCGUGGCGUUAGUCAUCCUCCUGAGCCUGAUGAUAUGGAUCUUAUAACUACUGUUUAUGUUCCCAUCGCCGAAAAAAACAAACCUGAUUCGGUUUGCUUGAUGAGGAGUAUGUCUACUACUAGUAAAGGACCGUUUAUUGAGGAUCUCUCGCUCUGUGUUCCUUCGAAGAAGCCUAGUCCGGGAAUACUCUCACCUGCAGAGAGUAUAGUCGAGGAGCCUGCUCUGUUCUCUCGUGCAUCGCAGAACACGGAAAACUCUUUGAUACCGCAAGAUUCAGACAAGGAAUGUGUUUGGGAUGCUUCUCUGCCUCCUAGUACCAAUGUGAGCCCACAUAGCAGUAGUGUCGAGAGUAUGAAUUUCGCUCGGGCUAUGAGUAUUGCGAAUAGCUCUUCUGGGACAAGUAGUACGCAGCGGAGUGAUGUUGUGCUUAGUAUGGACAAGAACUACUGUGACAGGAGUAUCAGUAUGGUGAUGGAUUCUUUCGAAAGUGCCAAGACGAGUGCAAGCAGAGCAAGCGAUAGUAGCGGCCUAAGCGAAGAGAGUAGCUGGAGCAAUUUCACGGGAAGUCUUAAUAAGCCACACAAAGGGAAUGAUCCUAGGUGGAAUGCUAUUUUGGCUGUCCGGACUCGAGAUGGGAUUUUAGGGAUGAGCCACUUCAAGUUGCUGAAACGAUUAGGUUGUGGUGAUAUCGGGAGUGUCUAUCUAGCUGAGUUAAGCGGAACUCGGUGUCAUUUUGCUGUCAAAGUGAUGGAUAAGGCGUCUCUUGAAGACCGGAAAAAGUUGAAUCGAGCUCAGACCGAGAGGGAGAUUCUACAGCUAUUAGAUCAUCCGUUUUUACCGACAUUGUAUACUCAUUUUGAGACAGACAGAUUCUCGUGUUUGGUCAUGGAAUACUGUCCUGGAGGUGAUCUGCACACUUUAAGGCAACGCCAACCCGGGAAACAUUUCUCAGAGUAUGCUGCUCGAUUUUACGCUGCAGAGGUGUUGCUAGCGCUCGAGUAUCUCCACAUGCUUGGUGUUGUUUACAGAGACUUGAAACCCGAGAAUGUUUUGGUUCGAGAUGACGGUCACAUAAUGCUUUCUGACUUCGAUCUCUCCCUGAGAUGCGCGGUUUCUCCAACACUGAUCAAAACAUUCGACUCUGAUCCAUCUAGACGCGGCGCAUUCUGCGUUCAACCGGCUUGUAUGGAGCCUACAUCAGCUUGCAUCAUCCAACCUUCAUGCUUCUUACCGCGCAGCAUCUUUCCGAACAAAAACAAAAAGAACAAGACCCGUAAAACACAGACGGAUUUCUUCAGAUCACACUCCGGUUCUCUCCCGGAGCUAGUAGCUGAACCUAACACAAGGUCCAUGUCCUUUGUUGGAACACACGAGUACUUAGCUCCAGAGAUCAUCAAAGGAGAAGGACAUGGAAGCGCAGUGGAUUGGUGGACUUUUGGUAUCUUCGUCCACGAGCUCCUAUACGGUAAAACCCCGUUUAAAGGAUCAGGAAACCGAGCUACUCUCUUCAAUGUAGUUGGAGAACAGCUGAAAUUCCCUGAGUCACCAGCGACUAGCUACGCAGGGCGGGACUUGAUUCAAGCAUUACUAGUAAAAGAUCCAAAGAACAGAUUAGGUACAAAAAGAGGAGCAACAGAGAUAAAGCAGCAUCCAUUCUUUGAAGGAGUGAAUUGGGCAUUGAUAAGGUGUAGUACUCCUCCUGAAGUACCGAGACAAAUGGAGACCGAACCGCCUCCAAAGUAUGGACCGAUCGAUCCGGUUGGGUUUGGUAGUAACAGCAAGAGGAUGAUGGGACCACCACCAGUAUCAGCAGCAGCAGAUACCAAAUCUGGUGGUAAAUUUCUAGACUUUGAGUUCUUCUAA